ACAUUUUCAAAUGAUCACCAAUUUUUUAAUAAUGUGCAGCCAGUCUAAUUCCUGUGUGCUCUUCAGGCAGAAUCCUCCUCCAGGUGUGUCGCAGUUACUACCUGCCUAUAAUGAAGGAGAGGUGAUACAGAGCCAAUGACAAUGCAGUGGAUGAUGUCCUGAUGCUGCAGCUGGACUUUGGUUUUAUAUAAACGGUAAACACACCUGAACCUAAAGCUCCUUAAAUCGGUUGUCCCAUGAAUUCUGAUUACAUGAUGGAAAUGUAAGAAGGUUCAGACUGUAGCUGCUGCAUGCAAAACACAAAACACAUGAUAAAUGCGUGCUCUUUCCUUCAUAAUAUAGGUAUAUAAAAUCCUAUUGAUGCUGCUCCUCUGAUGAUCAGAUCCUACCACGUUUCCAUCCACCACCACAUCACGAGCAGUGGUAACAAAUCACGCGCAUUUCUUCUUCUUUUGUGUGUGUGUGUGUGUGUGUGUGGAUGCUGCCUGAUAGUAAAGACCUCCCCUCCUUCACUAUCGUAGUAAAACAGCCUCCGUGCAGCUCGCCGCCAUGUAGACGCGCAGAGUGGCACAUCUCCAAUACGCAGUGUGUAUCUCCUGUCCUGGCUCAGAGAUUCUGCUGUGUGGAAAAACCCACGGCUGGUGCCUCACGCAGAAGAAAGAAGCGCUGCUCGUGGAAGGACUGCGGAUUUUCAGACACCAAAAACAAAACAAACCAAAACAGUGAUUUCAAAAAACCUUUUAGACGUCUGAUCUUCAAGGAAGCUCAGGCUUUGUUGGGGUUUGUUAUCCGGGCUUUUCAUCUCUCGCUUUAGAGUUGUUGGAGGAGCCUGCAGGGGUCGAGUCUGACAGCGCGACAAUGGUGCUUUACAGCAGGAUGAUGCGUUUCUUUCUUUUUGCCUUUUGACUUUUAGAGGGAAUGGGCUCUUUGCCGGCGCGGUCGCAGAGAACUCGGGUGAUUUCAUGUGGUGUCUUUUUUCGAUUUGAGAAAUAUUCCCAGUUUGUGCGUGUGUUAUGGUAAACAUCUGGUGCCUCGCUGCGUCCGCUCUUUCCUCACCUUUCUCCUCCCAACCCGCAGCUCUAAUUGGAGCCACUCCGAAGCAUCUUAAUUGAUGGAAAUCAGCCACAUCGGACACUGACCUCCCGACUUCCACUGCGGGCUCAAACACAGCGACUCGGCUGUUUGUGGAUGUUAUUGUGUUUUAUUGGUGCUGCUGGGGUUUUUUUUUGUUGCUGUUGUCGUACCCUUCAGUGACAAUGCCGUUGAACGCGCUGCCCCGCGGCGGCAGCAGCGGCAUCGGCGGCCCGGGGUCCCUGAGCCCGGCGUCGCUGUCCCGCAGCCUGUCCCGGCUACGGGAGUACCGGACCCGGACGAGGAUCAUGCUGGCUCUGGGAGUCUCUCAGAUGGUCCUGGGAAGUCUCAUCCUGGCCGUCAGCUUCGCGGCUUUGGCUCUCACCACAUCACCCAGAGUCCGGCACUCCUGUCCCUUCUGGGCAGGUUUCUCUGUGCUGCUCUCGGGACUGAUCGGAGUGGUGUCAUGGAAGAGGCCGCUCUCUCUUGUGAUCACAUUCUUCAUGCUGCUGUCAGCAGUGUGCGUGAUGCUCAACCUGGCGGGCUCCAUCCUCUCCUGCCAGAACGCUCAGCUGGUCAACUCCCUGGAAGACUGUCAGCUGUGUGGAUGUGUGUUCCCCCCCCCUCCCCCCCAGCUCAAGUUUGACAGCGAUGGAGUGUGUGUGUGCUGCGAGCUACAGCAGCAGAGUUCAAGCUGCAACAACCUGGGAGAGACGCUGAAACUGAAUCCACUGAGGGACUGCAACACCAUACGCCUACGUCUCAAGGAGCUGCUGUUCAGCGUAUGUGCCCUUAAUGUCAUCUCCACCAUUGUGUGUGCUCUAGCCACUGCCAUGUGCUGUAUGCAGAUGGUCUCAACUGAUGUGCUGCAGAUGUUUAUGCCGCACAGAGCGCGAGCUCUAAAUGCUGACUGUAUGACCCCCCAUGGAACCAUCCUCCACCAAACUCUGGACUUUGAUGAGUUUAUUCCUCCCAUCCCCCCUCCACCAUAUUACCCCCCAGAGUAUACCUGCACCCCCUCAAUGGAUGGACAAAGAGGCCUGCACCUGGACUUUCCCCACUCUCCGUUCAGUGCCAUCUAUGGGGUGCCAAUCAACAGCCCAGGAACACUGUACCCAACGGACCUGCCUCCUCCCUAUGAGUCUGUAGUGGGGCAGACCCCUGCCAGCCAGGUCACCACCAGCAUAGAGCAACAGGCGACUGAAUCCAGUCUGUGUGAGAGAAACACUACUGCAGGACUCAGCACUCAGGCAUCCGUUGACAGCGCGUCACUAAUGGUGUCUGAGGUGGCUGAUCAGGACCAGACUUGCUCUUCAGAGGACUUGUGCUCCCUGGAGGUCCAGGGCUCUGACUCCUCUCCCUAUGGCACGCCCCACACUGCCCCCAUUGAUGGAAGCUGCAACAGCCUGGAACUUUGUUCACGCCAUCGUGGGAUGCCUAGCAGGGACACUCGCCCCAGUGAUACAGGAUACAGUGAGUCCUCACAGACCCAGGAGUCUCUUGAACGCUCUCCGGACUGGUCCUCAGAAAAUUAUAGCAAUCUGGACCAGGAGGAUUCCACAGACACACAUCCAUGUGAGGAACUCAGGGCUGCAAUGCACAUAUGUGACGAGCUUGCAUCAGCCAAACAUUUACCAGAGGAGCCACCUAAAGCAUCAACCCACUCCCUCAUUAAAGCACGAAUGAUGAGCCGGAAGCUCACACUCCCUGUCAUGCUACCCCCACCACCACAGCCUUGCUCCCCCACCUCUGUGGCCUCCUCUGGUGGAACUUCAGCCAUCAGCCCUUUGGCUCCUUCUCCUUCCCCUUCCCCUCCUAGCAGGCCCCGCGGUCCCAGGCUGUGCUUCAGUGUUUGGUCACCCUCCUCCACAUCACAACCCCCCUCUACCUCAGCCCAAAGUGGCCACUCGCCUUCGGAGAGGCCACGGGGGCUCCGAGCAGCUCGGAGGUACCGCAAACUGGCACGCAUCGUUCGUUCCACCAGUGACCCUAUCUCCUGCUCCUCUUCGACAGGAAGAGAAAAUGGAAGCUGCGCCUCUGUGAAUAACCCUGCUCCUGAAGAUUCAACUCAUACAUCACCAGAACAAGAGCCAACAGAUGUGGUAGGAGCUAAACCCAGUCACACAUCUGUUAGGAAGCAGCAAAAAGAGGGCAGGAAAGUUGACAUCCACCUUAAACCACGAGCCCUGCACACACACUCCUCCCACGAACGUCCGCACUCCCUGGCUGACCUUAAGAUGUACAAGGACACCAAAAUACUGGUGGCCAAGUUCCUGGAGCAUUCGAGCUGCAGUCUACCUCCUGAAGUCCAGCAGGUUGUCAACAACAUCAAGUGUGUCAUCAAGUCGGAUGAGAAACACAUGGAGGAGGCCAUUUUUAGUGCCAAUGUCAUAGAUCAGGUGAUGACCCAGCGCAUCAUUGGCAGUCCCAGGAAGCGUGGCCAUGAGGAUCUUCACCUUCAGAGCUGCGGUGCUUUGAGUUCGUCCCCUUCCAUGCGCCGUCCAAAGGACCUCUCACAAACAACCAGCGCCUCCACCAACCCACUGGACUCCCCCUCCUCUGAACAAAGCCUUGAGUGCAAAGAAACUAUUCUCUGACCACUCUCUCAACAAAGACUUGGAUCAAAACUCUGAGGGCAUUUCAGGCUGCUGGUGUUGCAGCCACGCUGUGCAGUGCAGCAGAUGUCUGUAGAGUCAUUAAUAACUCCUCCAACUUUGAAAGAUGAUUUAUUUUCACAGUGUGACUGCAGCACAGGCAAACUCAAAUGGUCUGUAUCUCCUAGUGCCCUGUGAGACCGUGCCAAGUCAUCAGCAGAAAUGGUAGCAAACUCAGACUGAGCCUGCCAGUGUCUGUAGUGGCUUCUUUCUCAUCCGAAAAACAAAAGAAUGUCUCUCCCUCAGGGGAUCUUUUCUACUGAGUUUCAUCUCUUAAAAAAGAAACAAAUACUCAGCUGAUUAGUUUGGAUCUGGGACUGAAAGACAAAGGAGAUUGUGUUCACAUCAGUAUUCCUCUUGUCCUCAUAAGAAACAGCAAGAAAUAUGUUUGUAUUAAACUGUGAACUGAACUGACUGGGCAUUACUAGCCAUUGUUUGCAGACUUUGUGGAACUGUUACUGAUAGGGUGGUGAAUAUUUUGUGGUGCCGCUGGUUCAAGAACAUCACAGAUGUGGAUUAUUUAACUUACCUCAUUGUGUUACAAUUCCUAUCAGUGUUACAAUAAAAUAUGAGUUUGUAAA